CCUCCUCCUUUCCUAGCCGAGGAAACGUUUGCUGUGAUUUUUUUUUUUUUUACAUUAAAAAACCCAACAACCUGAAAGUUACUUUUUUUCCCCACACAAGAAAAUCGGGGGUGGAACACAUUUCUGUCUUCUGCUUCUAUUCUGCUUGUGUGUGUGUGUGUGAGAAAGAGAGAGAGAGAGAAAGAAGUUGCUGCCAAGUUCCUGCAGCGGUAAAAAUCUGGAUUUUUCCAUUCAUUUAUGAAUCGCUUCCCAUGAAACAUCCGGAAUAAAAAAACCAAUAAAACAAUUUCUCCAUGAUCUCCUAUACGAGUAGCUACCGCCACUCUAACGAGGAAAAAGCUAAAGCCUCAAAGCAACCAGGAAAUCCGGUCUGCAGGCAAAUAGGCUAUAGCCCAACGUUUAGUCUUUGCGUGCAAAGCCUCGGCUAUAACGCUUUCUGUCCUCCGAUUUUUUGACUGCGUGUCUGGAGCGGUUCAGUCCGUAUUGGGGCUGUCAUGGAAGGGAGCGAGGCGGCCUCGAGCUGCCAGUCUGGAGAAAGCAGCUCGCUGGACAUACCAUGUGUCAUCACUGCAGACAGCUUUCUGCUGAAUGCCAGAACUCAGAGAAGUGAUGAGAUGCUCAGUCCUAUGGACACAUUUGUUUCACCAGCAUCCACAGCAGCUGACACAGACCCAGAUAACACAGCAUUUUCAGGGCACAGCGUUGGAGCCAAUGUAUCUUUGUGGCCUGGGCACUAUGAGAGGGCAGAUCCAAGUAACUGUAUGUGCAGUGAGCUGUUCCAGCCUAGUGAAUGUCCGUUAUCCUGGACAUGUGAACAAAAGGAUAAAGGAGAAGUUUCCAUUAGAAAAUCUCUGGAUAAGUUUUAUGGGGCUUGCUGCCAGAAGAAGUCAUCUGGAGGGAGUCCAGCAUAUGAAGUGGCUUCCCAAUGCCUGUCUGUCAAAAUUGCAGAUCUGGCAGACAAAGAAGGAAUGAAAUAUGCCCAGAAGAGUCUCCAAAUAGCCCAAAUGGUUCUUAAUCAAGAUGAGAAUCAGGUGUUUCCUCAGCACUCCAGCAGCACCUGCUUUUCCAUUCCCACAAAAGCUAGUGUGACUUUGGAGGAAGGAAAGCAAAUGCCUGGGCUCUCAGACGAUGUCCUUCGAUUUAUUUUGAAACAAAAUGUGACAAAAUGACAGAUUUGAUUCAUUUAUUUUGCCUGGAAUGGUUAAUAUGUCUUAAGCAUGUGUGCGAUUCCUCCCCCCUUUCCCUCCCCCAUUUUUCUCUCCAUAAGAAGUGAGAAAAUGUUUAUUGGGCACAGAAGAAAUUGUUACAACGCUGAUACCAGGCUAAGAGUAUGAGAAGUGAUUCUGUUUAAUAACAUUUGUAGCUAACAAAGAACAUAAUUGGAACCCUCCUUUAAUUCAUGCCUUUCUUUGGAGGGAUGCGUUGGGAUCAUUUGUGAUUCCUUAUUGUAUUAUAAACCCAUAGAAAUUUUAAUUUUGACCUGAUUAUUAUGUUAGUUUGUGUGAUGUGACACUUACAAAUGUAUGAACCCUAAUUUUUAAAAUGAAACAAUAUGCUCCCCCCCCCCAAAAUACUUGUAUAACGUCCAUUUGUUCUUGUUACAUUUUUUUCUAAUUUUCAAGCUGAUAUGUGUAAUUCCUUUUCUGUAAUACAUGAAUGACAAAACUUCUAAUAAAAAUAUUCCUUUUUUUAAACAAGGCUAUAAUAAAGGCAUGAACAGACUCAGUUAUAUUUCACAGCACCAAAUGGUUCCUUUUAUUUACUAUUGUUUGCCAGCACUGACUGAAG